GCGAAUAGUGGCCAGGCUUCCAGUUUCCAUUGUGUCAUAUUAGCUAGAGACGAUUCCCUCUUAUUCUUUUUUUUUUUGCUUCCAAAUAUUUUCAAUGUCCGAUCCUCCCCCCUGCUUGCAACGCUAGUCCUCACCUAUCCUCCCCAUCCCCACGAUAUAUAUCUGUGCUGCUGUGGUCUUGCUUGGGACGGGCGACUGUCAAAACGAUAUCUUAAGACUUUUCCACCCAAACGAAUCCACCCAAUUCAAGCAAUGAACCAGGCUUCCCGAGAAACCGGCGACAUGACGCCUGUUUUCUAUGAUCCCUACCACCCUGCAAACAAUACGAUGAAGGAAGUGGUCGCUCCGGAUCACGCAGAGGUCAAUCGUUCCAAUCUGGCUGACCUGGAGCCAGUUUCCCAGGCGGGAGUGAACGGAUCGGCAGACUGGGGGUUUUCUCCAUCCAAAAGCCCAAACAUGGCCGGGGCAAUACAAAAACCCUGGAAGUCCGAGGAGAUGCAGUCGAGCGCGGGAAAGGAACGGAAGAUUUGUGGGAUCAGCCUGGCGACGUUUGUGUUGGCCAUCGCGCUCGUGAUUCUUCUGCUUGCUGCAGCAGUGGGUGGCGGUGUUGGUGGGAGCAUGGCGGCGAGUACUGCAAGAGAACUGGAUGAAUGCAAAACCAACCUGAACCAACUGUCCCCAUCACCUACUACAUCUCAGCCCCCAUCCUCGUCCUCAAGUCCAACCGGCGACGCCGCAAAGUGCGACAACAAAACCAUGAUCGAAAUUGGCCCGAACGGAGGUAUGGUGAUGCCGAGACAGCAGGUCACCGUGGAACUCGACUGCCCUAGCAUCAACAAUUCGCAGAGGUACCCUUCCAUCGGAGGCCAGCAGUGGGACUUUAAAAUAUCGUGCGCAGUGGACUACAAGGGGAACGACAUUGGAGGGGCCGUGGCCUACUCGCUCGACGACUGCAUCUGGGCCUGCGCGGCCAUGAACAGCUUUGCGAAAAACGACACCUGCCGCGCUGUCACUUUUCACGCCGCCCUGUCGGAUUCGGUUGCGAGGAACCAGAUAAACUGCUUCCUGAAAAACGGCGUUUCGAACAGGGAAACUGGUAAGGGCCUGCUUGUUGCUGGUGCCACGUUGGCGGGAAGGACUCCUUGAUUGGCUUGUCGUCUUGUAAGUGAGGUUUGGUAGGUGUUUGAUACCUGGGGGACAAUAUAAUACAGGAUCUGUGGGAGACUAUUUGGCCACUUGAAGCUCCCGAAUCGGGAGUUUCUAGGAGAAUAUUUGGGCGGAUUGUAACCUUGCAAGCUCGUUGAGCUUAUACUUUGGUUUGCGUCAGAACUACUUUGACUAGGUAUAUAAAUAUGGCAUGUGGGAUGGCUAAUGCUCAGGGACGAGGCAGUUGCAUACUUUUAUAUAAUGAGAGGGGAUCACUAUAUCAUUUGGACUAAAAUAAAGAGGCCGGGAACUAUAAUGCACAGGUACAGGAACCUACUGUUCAGUUAACAUGACCCUGGAAUAUAUUCUGCUGUGAUAAUUGGAAUAGAAAAGCUAGUUCUGAC